CUCUCAGCCCAAGCGGACGGGGGUAAGUCCCUGGCUCUCCCCCCAAGACUCCCCGCGCCCCGCCACUCGGCGGGGCCCCCAUGGCCGCCCCCCAACCCGCCGCACAAACUUUUGGGGGCCAGAAAUCGCUGCUGGGAAGCGGCAGCAUCCGGAGUCCCCCUUCUCCUCGCCACCUUCCCCUGCUCAGCCAAGGAGCCUGAGCUGCUCCCUUCCCCAGCCCCCCCAGCCCCUCUUCGCUCGAUCAUUGCCCCCCUGUGCCCCCCUUACCCCCACUCCAGACCCCCACCAACACCCUCCCCAGCCCCUUAGCUACCUCCUGAGCCCAACAUCUCCCCGGAUCAGGGCUGGGAAGCAGCUGCAAAGAGGAGCCACUUGCCAGCCCAGGGUGUAAGGAAGAGAAGUUUUCAGGAACAUGGCUCGUACCAAGCAAACUGCCCGUAAAUCCACUGGUGGUAAGGCACCUAGGAAGCAGCUCGCUACGAAAGCAGCUCGCAAGAGUGCGCCCUCUACUGGAGGGGUCAAGAAACCUCAUCGCUACAGGCCGGGUACUGUGGCUCUCCGUGAAAUCAGACGUUAUCAGAAGUCUACUGAACUUCUGAUCCGCAAACUUCCCUUCCAGCGUCUGGUGCGUGAAAUUGCUCAGGACUUCAAAACAGAUCUGCGCUUCCAGAGCGCUGCUAUUGGUGCUUUGCAGGAGGCAAGUGAAGCCUACCUGGUUGGCCUGUUUGAAGAUACCAACCUCUGUGCUAUCCAUGCCAAACGUGUCACAAUCAUGCCAAAAGAUAUCCAGCUAGCACGCCGCAUACGUGGAGAGCGUGCUUAAACUCCACUAUGGUGGGUUUGUCCUCAAUACAAAUCUCUUCUUCCUGUUAUUGGUAGUAAUGAACGUUAGAUAUUUUUUUUCCAUGGGGUUAAAAGGUACCUAAGUAUAUGGUUGCAAAUGGAAACAUAGGGGACAGAAUCGGGUAUUGGCAAGUUUUUUUUCCAUUUUCAUUUGUGUGUGGAUUUUUAAUAUAAAUGCGGGGACAUAGAGCAUUAAUGCAGUCAAAAAUGUUUCAGUGAACAAGUUUCAACAAUUCAAGUUUAUAGCAAUUAUAAAUAAACCUGUCAAAUUUUUCUGGACAAUGCCAGCAUUUGGAUUUUUUUAAAACAAGUAAAUUUCUUAUCGAUGGCAAUUAAAUGGUGUUUGUAGCAUUUUUAUCAUACAGUAGAUUCCAUCCAUUCGCUAUACUUUUCUAACUGAGUUGUCCUACAUGCAAGUACAUGUUUUUAAUGUUGUCUGUCUUCUGUGCUGUUCCUGUAAGUUUGCUAUUAAAAUACAUUAAACGACA